AUGAAGAAGCUCGGCAUCGGCAAGUUCGAGAACCAGGUACGCGCGCGCACGGGGGGGCACGUCGCGACCCUCGACCCUCGAAGUCGCACCCUCUCCGGUGGGCACCCCCGGGGCAUCCCCGCAUCCCGACUCACCCCGCCCCCCUCCCUCGCGGCGCCCCGCCCACGACAGGACGAUCACGACGACGACGACGAUGAUGCGCCCGGCACCGCACCCGCGCCGGAAAACGCCGGCGCGGGCAUCACCAAGGACGCGUGGUGCCCGCCCGACGGAUGGAUCGAGGCCCCGCCGCAGGGCGCCAUCGUGCGAGACGUCUUCGUCCCGUCCAAGGCGCCCCUCUCGGACACGUGGCACGCGGACGGAAGAGUCCCGGACGACCGAAGGUACGGCCCGAACGAAGCGCUGGCGAUGGCCAAAACCGCGUCGGGCGGCCGGGACGUCGAGCUCGUCGUCGACCUCACCAACUCGAGCAGGUACUACGACCCCAAAGCGUUCGACGCCCGAGGAUGUUCGUACGUGAAAAUCGCGUGCGUCGGCAAAGACGCGCCGCCCGACGCCGUCGCCGUGCAGCAGUUCGUGUACGAGGUGGGCAAGUUCCUGAGCGAACGCGCCGCUCGCGGGGGUAAAGGUUUAGUACUGGUUCACUGCACGCACGGGUUUAACCGAACCGGGGCGAUGCUGGUGCACUUCGCGCAGCGCACAGCCGCGUGGCCGAAACUCAACGAAAAUUUAAAGGCGUUUGCGGCGGCGCGGCCGCCGGGGAUAUACAAGCCCGAGUACGUCAAGGAGCUCUUCGACGAGUACCUGGAGAGACGGUUCUCGACGACGUUGGACCCGCCGGUGCCGGAGUGGAAGCGCGGCGUGUCUUUAGCGCCGAGGCCCGGGUCGGGCGCAACGGACGAGCUCGCGAGCAGUCGCAGCAAGACCACCGCGGACGGCAACCUCGACGGCACCCCGAUGCGCCACGACGACGUGCUGGGAACGGCGGUGUACGAGGGCCAGGCGCGUGAGAUUCGAAACGUGGUGUGCUACCUGUGCGGCGUGGACGGCGCGCGGUUCCCCGGGUCGCAACCCGUGUCGCUGGCGAGGGAUAACAUGGACACCAUAUCGCGGCACGAGUACCACGUCACGUGGAAGGCGGACGGGACGCGGUACAUGGUGUUGCUCAUGCGCGACGGGACGUAUUUGAUCGAUCGCAAGUUUGAAAUUCGGCGGGUCACGAUGCGGUUCCCGGCGCCCCUAAAGACGCACGGCGUCAGCGUUCACAACGCGACGCUGCUGGACGGCGAGAUGGUGGUCGACGACAUCGCGCCGGGGAGGCAGCGCAGGCGCUUCCUCGCGUACGACUGCGUCGCGCUGCACGGCGAGCGGCUCGGGGAGAGGGCGUUCGUGGACAGGUUGGCUGCCGUGCAGAGACACGUCGUCGACCCUCGGAACGUUUUCUUGACCGAGGCGGGCAAGUCGAGGGCGUACGAUUUCACCAAGGAGCCGUUCAGCGUCCGCGUCAAGGAUUUCACCCCGCUCGCCGGCACCGAGAACUUCAUUCGCAGCUUCAUACCCAAGCUCUGCCACGAGUGCGACGGCCUCAUCUUCCAGCCCAGUCGGUCGCGAUACGAGAGCGGCACGAUGGACACGCUGCUCAAGUGGAAGUUCACGCACCUCAACUCCGUGGACUUUCGCCUGAAACUGUCCCUGCGCGACGGACGCGCGAUCCUCUACUUUGCGAUGCGCGACGCCGAGGACAUUGACACAGCCGGCGGGUUCGACCCUGACGUGGCGCCCGACGGGACCAAACUCGCGGACCUCGACGGUAAGAUCGUCGAGUGCACCUGGGACAAGCGCGGGGGCGUCGCGAAAGCCGGCGCGUGGAAGUACCUGCGCGUCAGGACGGACAAGGACGCCCCGAACUUUGUCACCGUGUACCGGCACACGCUCGCGAGCAUCCUCGACGACAUAACCGACGCGGAGAUCAUAUCGUACGUCGGCGGCGUGCUCGCGAAGGGCGCGGGUGGGAACAGGGCGCCGAGGGAGGGCGCGAGGCGGAGCUCCGGCGGUGACACAGCUGUCGGCGGCGGCGACACAGCUGGCGGGUACGAGAGCACGGCGCCGGCGGCGCACGUGUCGGGAGCGGAGCGUCAGCAGCCAGUCAUCGACGACAUCUGACACUUAGGUACUACUAGCUAGCAUGGCGGAGCGAGCGUCGGCGCGUGGGUUGAUUAUUACGUGUUACUUUGUAUUUCAAAGUCAAUGCGAGCGGCCUAAGUGCGGUGCAUAAUGAAGUACAGCUAAAGUAAAGAAUG